AUGUUGCAGAACGACUGUUUGCGCUGUGCUUCCGCUGAGGUCUCAACGCAGUCGGCGAUCGACACCGUCCUGCGUAACAUCACGGAACGAUGCCAUUUUGCGCUGAUUGAAAGCGUCCCGGGAGCCGCGUCACUCUGCGGCGAAACCAUCUUCGGCAAGCGGCUCUUCCUUCUUGUGAAGCAGACGGUGCGUGCAUUGAUUUUGGUGUAA